AUGAGUGAAUAUCCAAAACGAAUAUUGGGAAAGAGAGCCAAAACUCCAAAUGUGAUAUUUUAUCUGAUUGAAUUCGAGACUCCUACUCAUAAAGUGAGGACUCAAUGGAUUGAAAUGUACAAAUUGGGCAAUUACCUAGAUUUGAUCGAAUAGUAUGAAGCAAGAAACAAUCAGAAUUACUAUAUGGAAUUAUUGAAGGAGAUCAUUGAGGAUGAUGAGCAAUAUGAAUAGAUAAGAGAGUUGGAUUCAUUGAAAACCACAGAAGAUUAGAUAUGCAGACAGACAACAACUGAUUUUAUGAUUCCACAACGCGAAAAUUAAGAAUUCGUAUAUCAUUUGAAGAAGGAAAGCAAUGAGUAGGUAGAAUUGAAUAAGGAGUUGAAGAACAUUACUAAAUCGUUUUAAAAGGGAGGGAGUAGAGUAGCAUUCACUGAGGAGUAAAUAAUCAAAAUAAUCACUUAUGCGAAGGAUGAAUUGGAUAACAACAAGUAUAUAUUCUUGGUGGAAUGGAAACCAAGAGAGAGUGGACAACCAGUAAGACCAUCUUGGGUUGGAUAAGAGAAGAUGAUGCAAUAUGCCCCAUAAUAUUUGGCACGCUAUGCAAAUGAAAAGUGUUUUAAAUUAGGUUGA